GCCCGCCCAUCCGCCGACACUGCCCUUAUAAAGUCAGUGGCCGCCGGACUUCCUGCUGGAGCCCGAGCCCCCUCCCCUGGCCGGAGAAGGCGGGCGGGCUCCGAGGCGCGCAGCGUGGUGCCCCGCGCCCUACCGAGCUCGUGGCCACCAUGGCCCCCACGCUGCAGCAGGCGUACCGGAGGCGCUGGUGGAUGGCCUGCACGGCAGUGCUGGAGAACCUCUUCUUCUCUGCCGUGCUCCUGGGCUGGGGCUCCCUGCUGAUCAUGCUCAAGAAUGAAGGCUUCUAUUCUAGCAUGUGCUCAGCUAAGAACACCACCAACACCACCCAGGAUGAGCAGCACCAGUGGCCGAGCUGUGAUCGCCAGGAAGAGAUGCUCAACCUGGGCUUCACCAUCGGCUCCUUCUUGCUCAGCGCCACCACCCUGCCGCUGGGGAUCCUCAUGGACCGUUUUGGCCCCCGGCCCACGCGGCUGGUUGGCAGCGCCAGCUUUUCUGCAUCCUGCACCCUCAUGGCCCUGGCCUCUCGGGACACCGAAGUUCUGUCUCCAUUGAUAUUCCUGGCGCUGUCCCUGAAUGGCUUUGGUGGCAUCUGCCUAACGUUCUCAUCACUCACACUGCCCAACAUGUUUGGGAACCUGCGCUCCACCUUAAUGGCCCUCAUGAUCGGCUCCUAUGCCUCCUCUGCCAUCACAUUCCCGGGAAUCAAGCUGAUCUACGAUGCCGGAGUAUCUUUCGUGGUUAUCAUGUUCACCUGGUCGGGCCUGGCCUGCCUCAUCUUUCUGAACUGUGCCCUCAACUGGCCCAGUGAAUCCUUUCCUGCACCUGAGGAAGUUGACUACACGAAGAAGAUCAAGCUCAGAGGGCUGGCCCUGGAUCACAAGGUGACAGGUGACCGCUUCUACACCCACGUGACCCUUGUGGGCCAGCGGCUGAGUCAGAAGGCCCCCAGCCUGGAGGACGGGGCCGACGGCUUCAUCUCAUCCCAGGACCUUCAUGGCAUCUCAGAAAACCCUCCUGAGAAUUCUGUCCCCUUCCGCAAGAGCCUCUGCUCCCCCAUUUUCCUGUGGAGCCUCCUCACCAUGGGCAUGACCCAGCUGCGGGUCAUCUUCUACAUGGCCGCCAUGAACAAGAUGCUGGAGUACCUCGUGACGGGGGGCCAGGAGCAUGAGACGGACAUCCUGACACAAAGGGCAGAAGAGACAGUUGGGUUCUACUCCUCCAUCUUUGGUGCCAUGCAGCUGUUGUGCCUUCUUACCUGCCCCUUCAUCGGCUACAUCAUGGACUGGCGGAUCAAGGACUGCGUGGACGCCCCCACGGAGGGCAUUGCCCUCGGAGACGCCAGGGAUGGGGUUGCCACCAAGUCCGUCAGACCGCGCUACCGCAAGAUCCAGAAGCUCACCAACGCCAUAAACGCCUUCACCCUGACGAACUUUCUGCUUGUGGGUUUUGGCAUUACCUGCCUCAUCAAUAGUUUACACCUCCAGUUUGUGACCUUUGUCCUGCACACCAUGGUUCGAGGUUUCUUCCACUCGGCCUGUGGAAGCCUCUACGCUGCAGUGUUCCCGUCCAACCACUUUGGGACGCUGACAGGCCUGCAGUCGCUCAUCAGUGCUGUGUUUGCUCUGCUGCAGCAGCCGCUCUUCAUGAUCAUGGUGGGACCCUUGAAAGGAGAGCCCUUCUGGGUGAACCUGAGCCUCCUGCUGUUCUCACUCCUGGGAUUCCUGCUACCUUCCUACCUCUUCUACUACCGUGCCCGGCUUCAGAGGGAGUAUGCCACCCACUGGGAGAACCCGCUGAAGGUGCUUGGCAGCCCCGAGGCAACUGCCUAGACCUCUGAGGCCAAGGGACGUGGAUGACAGACAGCCAAGACCUGAGCGACCAAAGAGAAUGCCUCACAUGGCUUUUCUACCUGUAACAGACGCACAGAGCCAGCGGCCGUGGAUUUAUAAAUACCGAGAGAAGUUCUAUUUUUGUAGGGACUUGCUAAAAGGAAAAAAAAAAUCCUAAAAAAAAUCCCCCAAAGCAACGCUCCAUUGAUUGAAGACAGUCCCUGCGCUAAAAGGAUGGGGUCUUCUUCCUCCUCGGACUGGAUGCAGGGUGCAAGGCUUCCCUUUCUCUGGGCCUUUGUCCUAGGGGCCUGCCUCCUGCUGCCUCCUGGGGGCUUCUGGGAUCAGCAAACCAGCUACCCCCAAGGUCUCAGCUGUGCAAUGCCCAGAGUGUGCAUGCGUGUGUGUGUGCAUGUGUGUGUGUAUGAAAUAAUCUUCCCCUCAUAGGAAAGGGGCCUGAGGUGCUGGCUGUGUCCUGGAUGGGGUGGGAGGUAAGCCUCUUCUAGGAUCUGGAGGGCGGGUUCCCUCCCUGAUGCUGCUUCUUGUAGGUCUUAGAGGAAAUAAAAAGGGAAGUGAGAGA